AUUUGCGCUCGAACAGUGAACGUGGUAGCACAGACUCAGAGACGGCGAAGAAAAGCGAGAAGCGUAAAGCGAAUAUAACAAACAGUUCAGUACAGUUCAGUGGUUCGUGUCCAGGCUGAGCUCAAAAUAGAAAUUCGAAAAGGAAACUUUGGAGCGGCUUACAGUAAUUUAAUCUAAUUUAAUUGAAAAUACACCUCGCAGUAAAAUCGAGUUAUUGUCCGACGCGCUUUCCCAUUUCGGUACGGCGGAGAAGAAAUAAUUGGUAAUUGCCAUUGAGAGAGCCCCACCAGUCCAGUGCGAACAUAAACACGCCGAAGAAGGAAAAACAUUCGUUCGAGUGAAAUUGAAAUUGAAAUUUAUUUGACAAAAUUUCAUUUGUUGCGCCAUUCCCCCCCGCACCGCUGGAGUGUUACCGACAAUUGUGCAACCUCAAGACUCUUAACCUUAACAAUUACCAUCUGGCCACAAAAGCUAUUGGCACAAUUCAGUUCGAUCCAAGUGCAGCCCCUUUUACUUUUACUCUGACGAAAACCAAAAAAAUCAAACAAAUCAAAUAACUCUGUUCGAAAACGAAAGCAAAACAAAAGUUUGAUUGAAGCGCCAACCUCCCCCCACCUACACGCCUUGCUAAACUCGAGUGCCAGACAGCCCCCCCGGACAACAAAAUGGUUGAGAAAACAGAAAUGUCGAAACUCGUUGGCGUCGCUGACAUAACCGAAGACAAAAAAAUCUGGCGGAUUCUGCUCGGCGAACUGGUCGGCACAUUCUUCUUGGUAUUCGUCGGCGUUGGGAGCACAACGAGCGGAAGUGUACCACAGAUUGCAUUCACCUUUGGCUUGACAGUGGCCACACUGGCACAGGGCUUGGGCCACCUCAGUGGCUGUCACAUCAAUCCGGCAGUGACCUUGGGCUUCCUGAUUGUCGGUGAGAUCAGCAUAUUGAAGGCAGCCUUCUACAUCAUUGUGCAGUGCGUGGGCGCCAUUGCUGGCGCUGCUGUCAUACGGGUGGCCCUCAGCGGCAUUGUGGGAAGCGGCCUGGGCGUCUCCUCAUACGAUCCUGCACUGGAUGUGUGGCAGCCAGUGCUCAUUGAAGCUCUGAUCACCUUUAUUCUGGUGUUUGUGGUCAAGGCUGUGUCGGAUCCGGGCCGCCAGGACAUCAAAGGCUCUGCGCCGCUGGCCGUGGGCCUGUCGAUUGCCGCCGGACAUCUGUGUGCGAUCAAGUUGAGCGGCGCCAGCAUGAAUCCGGCCCGCUCCUUUGGCCCAGCCGUUGUCCAGGGCAUGUGGACCGACCACUGGGUAUAUUGGGUGGGUCCCAUUGCCGGGGGCCUGCUGGCGGGCGUCCUCUAUAAGCUCAUCUUCAAGGUGCGCAAGGGCGACGAUGAAGCCAACGGCUCGUACGACUUCUAAGACCGGACGCUGGUACUCCAUCCACAUAUUGUUGUAAAUGUUUGCACCUGCUUAGAGUUCCCAGUUGCCCAGUUUUCCGCUUUCCCGCUUUCCCACUUUACAUUUUCAUUCGCCCCAGCAUCAUCCACAACAACGCAUUGAACUCGAUUUGAAAAUUCUCCUAGAUUAGGCCCUAUCCCUCCCCAUCCCUGCCCCCUCACAAUUGUCCAAUUUUAUUUGUUAAAGAAUGAAACACAAACGACUUGUUUUAGUUGUAAUAACUAACCCACAUACAUGUCUGUAUGUAUGUAUGUUGAUUAGGUAUUACAAGUAAAACAACUGCAAAAUUGUUGAAUACUGUAUUCGAGUAAUCUUAAGCUAAAUUAUAUGCUAUGCGCACCGCCGUGAAAACAAAUCGAAAUCGAAGAAGAGCACCAAACCAUCUAAAUUGUACCUCGAAAGCAGCUUCAGUUGGCUAGCACCGACCAGCGCGCACCUCUUUGGUAAACUACGAAUUGUAUUAUGAUUAUGUGUAAUAAAAAAUAAAAACUAUAU